AUGAAGGGUGGCUCAGAAACCCCUUCCGUCGAUGGAUCGACAUUAAGCGCUCACAACCGGGAAAAACUUGGAACUGAUCUCGAAAACGGCCCCCUCGAUCUCAGUGAUACGGCAAAAGAGGAAAAAGCGAGAGAUCCGAACAUCGUCGAUUGGGAUGGUCCAGACGAUCCCGAAAACCCUCUCAACUGGGCCUCGGGAAAGAAAAUAAAAGCAACAUGUUCUAUUGCACUGAUCACGUUUCUGACCCCUCUGGGAUCAUCUAUGUUCGCCCCUGGCGUAGGUCAACUAGUCAAAGACUUCAAUGUGACUAGCAUUGAACUUUCAUCCUUCGUGGUAUCGGUAUACCUGCUGGGAUACUGUUUCGGUCCUCUGCUCAUAGCACCUCUAUCGGAAUUAUACGGUCGACAAUACGUCUACCAUGUGUGCAAUGUUCUCUAUGUAAUCUGGACCAUUGCCUGCGCCUUUGCGCCCGAGAUGGGCAGUCUUGUCGUCUUCCGAUUCUUCGCUGGCUUUGCCGGUAGUUGUCCGCUGACUAUUGGCGCCGGGUCGAUUGCGGAUAUGUUUGCACAGGAGCAGAGAGGCGGUGCGAUGGCAGCUUGGGCUCUUGGUCCUUUGAUUGGGCCUGUCGUCGGUCCAGUUGCUGGUGCAUAUCUGGCACAGGCAAAGGGUUGGCGAUGGAGCUUCUAUGUGCUGGCUAUGGCUGGUGGUGCUAUCACUAUCAGCUCGAUUGUGACCAUUCGUGAAUCCUACGCCCCGACUAUCCUCGCUCGGAAGACCAAAAAGCUCCAGAAAGAAACUGGGAAUAUGAACCUGCGCUCUGCACUCGACACAGGCCGUACACCGAAGGAACUCUUCCUAUACUCCAUUGUGCGACCGACGAAGAUGCUCUUCCGCUCCCCGAUCGUCUUCCUUCUUUCACUUUACGUCGGCGUCAUUUAUGGAUACCUCUAUCUGUUGUUUACAACCAUUACCUCCGUAUUCGAGGAGCAGUACAAUUUCUCUCAGGGAUCAGUCGGACUCACCUAUCUCGGUUUGGGCGUUGGCUCUUUGAUCGGUCUGUUCAUUCUAGGAGCAACAUCUGACAGACUGCUCAACUAUCUAUCCACCAAGAAUGGCGUGACAAAGCCCGAGUAUCGGCUUCCACCUAUGAUUCCAGGGGCGUUUUUUGUUCCCAUCUCACUGUUCAUGUAUGGAUGGACUGCCUACUACAAAACCCACUGGAUUGUGCCUAUCAUCGGUACCUCCUUCCUUGGCACUGGCAUGAUGAUCACCUUCAUGUGUGUGAGCACAUAUUUAGUAGAUGCGUUCACAGACUACGCUGCUUCCGCCAUGGCGGCCAACACAGUGUUCCGUUCACUGGCAGGUGCCAUGCUUCCCCUUGCCGGUCCGAAAAUGUAUGAUGCCCUGGGACUUGGUUGGGGUAACUCGCUACUUGGAUUCAUUGCUCUGGCAUUUUGCGCAUUGCCAGUCGCUUUUUGGGUUUAUGGCGAACGAAUAAGGACAAGUCCAAAAUUCCAGGUCAAUUUCUGA